CAUCCGUGCGAAGUUGUGCGGCAGACGCGACGACGCUGCAUCAGUCCGCGCUCAGACGUCAUCGCAAUCAGUGGCAAAGGCAAACCAGGCUAGCUCGGUCCGCGCCCGCUCUCGUCUCGGUCUCGUGAGGUUGAGGUGCUCGAAUCGAACCACAUACACUCGCCCACACUCGUCCGGCGAAGGAAAAAGCCCCAAAACGGUCGAUUGACAGAAAUGAUGUGCUAGUAAUAUCCCGAAAAACCCAACAAAUAGGGGCACCAGCGAAGGGCCCAAUGGAUUAGUCGAGCUUGCCCAGUGAACUGAAACUAUCCGGCUGAUUCCUCACAUGUUUUCCAAGGCAACGGUUUCUUCUGUAUCUGUUUUCCGCUAAAAUCCAACUAGCGCCUGUAAUUAACGCGUCCACAAAUCCGUGAAGAGUGAACCUCGAGCAGCGCCAGCAGGCAUCAGUGAAAAUGAUUGUUCGUCGCCGAUCGCGCCGCGCCCGCAUGUGGAACAUGGGACUGCUUUUCUUAAUAUACUACUGCGUCAGCGUGUACUCCGCCAAAGGAGACACCAAAGAGGGACUGCCCCUGUCCGCCAAUGUGAGAAGUCAGGAAGAGGGCGACGGCGACGAGGAGGCUAAGGGAGAGGACAGCGCGGGGGCGAACACAGAGGGCAGCUCCGUUCUGGAUACCACACCGGCGUUUGAGGGGCAGGUGACCACGCAGGCCACUCCCGUUCAUGGAGCCGUUCCCACCUGGCGUCCCAAGCGCUACAACUGCACGCCUCCGGCCAUCGAACAGUUCCCUGAGCCGCUGAUGAACAAGUGGGCUCGACAGCACGGCGGCCUCAUCCUGCACAUCCUGGUGGCCAUCUUCACCUUCUUCGGCCUGGCUAUCGUGUGCGACGAGUACUUUGUGGCCAGCCUGGACCGGUUGUGCGAGGAGCUAAAGCUUUCGCCGGAUGUGGCGGGAGCCACGUUUAUGGCUGCCGGAAGCUCGGCCCCUGAGUUGGCCACCGUGGUCAUAGGAGUGUUCUUUGCCAAGGACGACAUCGGCAUCAGCGGAGUCAUCGGCUCGGCCGUGUUCAACAUCAUGUUCGUGAUCUCAGUGUGCGCCCUGUGCUCGGGCACCGUCUGCCAGCUGAACUGGUGGCCCCUGGUGCGAGACUGCUUCUUCUACUGCGUCUCCAUCCUGGUCAUGCUGAUAAUCAUCUUCAACGACGUCAUUUCCUGCUUUGAGUCCGUGGUGAUGCUUCUCUGCUACGUGGUCUACUGCGUGGCCCUGCACUUCAACACAGAGCUGGAACGAUGGGCCCUGGGUCUGAACCUGCCCUUCAAGCUGCCCAGCAAGGAGGAGCAGUCGGCGCUGGUGACCUACAAGAACGUGCCGGAGAGCUCAUACACCCAAGAGACUGGCCAGGCCCAGGGGCAGCAGCCACCAAAGGAGCUCAGUGCGCAGCCGCAGAACGACUACCAGAACUACAGCGAUCCCAAUGCCAGCUGGGACCCGAACGCCGCCUGGGGCGAGGAGAGCCAGCCCAAGCCGGUGGCCAAUCCGCCGCCGGUCGACGACUGGGGCAUGGGCCAGGUGGGUCAGGAGAACAUGGGCUACCACGCCGACCAGCCCGAGUCAGUGGUCACAGGCGAGGCGGCGGCGGCGGCGGCGGCGGCAACUGCUGCCAAGAGUGGUGGCCAAGUGGUUGCCAACCAGGCAGCCGCGCCCGGAGGCGUCGACUACUACAAGUCCACGGACAAGCAGCGAGAGCCACGCCGCGAUCCCCUGCUCCGACCGACGGAAGGAGGGCUGCCAGCACUGGUCGCCUGGUACGUGGUCUACCCGAUCCACUAUCUCUGCAAGAAGACGAUGCCCGACUGCCGGCUGGAGCAGUAUCGCAACUGGUACCCAUUCACGUUCCUGAUGUCGAUGGUGUGGAUCUCGUUCUACUCGUACUUCAUGGUGUGGAUGAUCACCGUGAUAGGCUCCACGCUGGCCAUUCCGGACACAGUGAUGGGGCUGACGUUUGUGGCCGCUGGCGUGUCCGUCCCGGAUGCCCUAAGCUCAAUAGCCGUUAUCAAAGAGGGCUACGGCGACAUGGCCGUGUCGAACGCCAUUGGCUCCAAUGUCUUUGAUAUACUAGUGUGCUUAGGUCUUCCCUGGUUCAUUCAAACGGCCAUCAUAAAGCCCGGCUCGCACGUCAACGUAAUAUCCAAGGGUAGCCUACUCCACGCUGUCACUGUUCUCCACCGUGGUCUUCUUGAUCCUCUCGACGCACCUGAACGGCUGGAAGCUGGACAAGCGACUGGGCAUCAUACUCAUGAUCUGGUAUCUGUUCUUCAUCACGCUGGCGUCGCUCUACGAAAUGAAUGUCUUUGGCUACAUGAACCCACCCGAGUGUCCCAGCACUUACUAAGAACCCGAGACGAUGUCAGAAACGCACUUAUAUUUUCACUACCAGCACCAAGUACCGUAUACAUAUAGACAUACAAGUAGAAUUGUUCAUAGCCGCAGCUAAAACCAACCGAAAACACUGCAAGAUACUGGAGGGGAUGGAUGAAGAGUAACAUUUACCUAACGUUAAUUAGAGGACAAAUUUAAUACUCAAAACGCGUUUUACAUGAAUUUUUACAUUGCACCAAAGGAACGUGGAGACGAUAAACCAAAAAGAUAAAUUAUAUAAAUGUACAUGUAUACUAUAUUUAUUAAUAUGUAUUUAAAUAAUAUUUAGGCAAUUAAAAAACAGUAUAGGAGUGGUUCUUUCUAAGUUGAGAAACUUUUGUAAAUUCAACUUAAAUGAUUUGGUUUUUGUUAUAAAGAAACACUUAUUUUUCGAAGAAUUUUGAUUUUCUGUCUGUUAUUGCAGAGAAAACAGGAUUCAAAGAACAAAUAAAAAUUUAGUGUGUUUUGAUACUAAGCACAUUUGCAUUUGCUCAUAUUAUUUACCAAUAAGACAUGGUCUUUACGUGCUCAAACUCCAUUAUCCCUAAGCUACUAUGUUUUGACUUUGAAUUUAAACGACAUGGUCGUUUUUUCGAACUUCAAUUUGCCUAAGUAUUUAUAAUUGCCUAAAUAAUUUAUUUUUUGUUAUCUUAUUAAGUGCUUAACGUAACAGAAAAUUGAAAUUUUUCGCAAAUUUAAAAAAGUGUCCCACUUUAGAGAGAAUUACACAUACAUAUGUAAUAAAAGAAAGAAUAUAUAAAGCAAAAAUAGCAACUGUAGAUAGGGAGACAAAUGUAUGCAAUUAAGAACAAUGAGAACAACAAAAAAUUAGCUAUUGUGCUAAUGGUUUUAAGAAACAACGCAAAAUGUCCCACACCACAAUCAAAACACUAUGCGAUUAUAUUGUUUCAUUUAGUCGCAUACAUGUAUGUAUAUACUUUUGAACCACAUAGUUUUCUUACCAGUUGAUUAAUAAUAGACCUUAGUUUUACGAAUUCUUGUAAGAAGCUCCGUGAAUUAAGACAUAAAACACUCGUGGAAAUUUAUCUCGAGCUGGGCUUUGACCAAGUAAACGAAUAUUUCGAGACGGACCAGAAACGCAGAGUUAUGAGCUGUGGAACAAGGACAACGAAUUUUGUUCAAUUUAUGACCAGAAAACUUUAUUUUUCAAAAAAGUGCAAGCAUAUGUGUAUAUUUUUAUUAAAUUCAACUAAAUUUACAGUCAAUUAUUUAACGACACCACACAAAAAAACGUCCUAGUCUUUCCGAUGAUUCAUAUUAACAGUAAAGUGCAAAGAAAAUGAUCAUGGCGGCAAUUAAUCGUGUCAAUUUUCUAUUGUAAAUAACAUACAGAUAUUAUAUAUACAUUAUUUUAUGGAACGCAUAUUAAAUACCUAAAGUCAAAGUCAAUUUCAUAACUAGACCUGACCUCUUUCCAGUUUUUUAUGAAAUUUCGUGGUACUCGUUGGAAAAAAUAUUUGUUUAAAGGUUUCAAUAUUUUUUCUUUGCUAAUUUCAACGAAAAAAUUGUCAUAACCGAACUGAAUGUUGGUUAAGUUAACAAUAAUCCUACAUUAAUAUUAUUAUUUAUUGUUCUGUCAAUACAUAAUCCUUGAAGGAAACAUCAGAGAAGGCAAUGCAAGAUUGUUAAUUCAAAUGUAACAUUGUAAAGUGUUCAAAGCGGGUAACAAUACUAUUCAAAAUCACAACAAGAGUACGCUUUAAUUCUGUGUUAUUUGUCUCUGAUUAGGCAACUAAGGCACACGUAAUAUAUCGAUAGCCGAUUGGCCAUCCUAGCUUCUAAAUUAGAUCACAGCAGAUUUUCUUCAAUUGCGCAAGUGGCUUAUUGACAUUAAAGCUGGUGGUCAAUCGAUAAACAGAAUCAGACGUUAGCUAAGAGCAAUGUCUAAGACAGUAUAUACCCAAACAUACACACAUAUAGCAUAAACAUUCUUACGUAGUGAGCACUGCUGUAUGAACGCUCUCUAAUCGUAGUCAAAUACUUACGUACAUAUUUAUACAGAGUGAACCUACAUAUAUAUACAAUAAAGAAUCAAGCUUAAAUAUUUUGGAACAGACGAAAGUAAGACCAAGCAACUGACUUCUAUAAUUUAUGUAAACCAACUUCCAGAAACCAAUCAAUAGCAAACAAAGCAUGAAGAUCUGAGUUUAAUAUAUAUGUAUGAAUACCUCCCCUAGCCUUUUAGGGUCCGUUGUGGUUUCUUAUUUUUAAAUAUGUAUCGCUCAUUCUAUAAUUAAAAAAUCAAGCAAUCCACCUCUAGCAUUCCGAACAAAGAUCGCGAUCUCGGGAACUAAAGUAGUUAAAAAUUGGGCCAAAAGGAUGUAUGUGCUUGCAACAUUUGGCAAAUUUCCAAUAAGCCAAUGAGAACCAGAUAUAUUUCAUAAAAUGGAUUUAUUAAGUCAUAAGCAUAUGAUGAUAGUAGCUUAUUGUGCAGAUAUUUUUUUUUUUAAUCCACUGGGUUUUAAAGUCAUAUUACUGUUUAUUUGUUAAACCUAAAUUUUACAAAAAUCGUAUAAAUUAAAAUAAUUUGUAUUUAUUUAUUUAAAAACACGACAAUAAACUGUCACAGCAAAUACUUUUUCUAACAAUAAUUUAUAAUAUACAAAAAAUAUAUCAAAACUGAUCUUUUAAGGAGGUGGAGGUAGGCAGAUAUAUUGAACAAAUACAUACAACCAAACAUUUAUGAAAAGCAACGUUACACAAUAAAUCGUAUGAACAAUCGCCUGUCGAAUACACCCACUUACCAAAACACAUACAUUACUUCUUGUAUUAUUUAUCACCACAAGUGGGUUGCUCUUCUUGGCACAACACAAGUACAAGGUUCUUCCCUAGUCUUCAAAAUAGUCGAUCCAGAAAGUUUUUACAAAAUACCACAGGGUAUGUAAUACUCUCAGUUAAAUCAGUAACUAAGCUGCACUCCAUUAUGAUACUAUACAUACAUACAAUAUAAACAAAUCUAGUUAAAAAAGUUAUGUGUUUUAAUUAACAACUAUAAUUAGAAUUUUCUUUUAAAUUAUCAAAUAAAGUCUAACCGUUAGUACGUCGUUGCGAUUCGAUAAAAUUAUUUUAAAUUAAAUCCAAUAUACAUGUUUCGUGUUACUUUUAACUGUAUCUAACGCAAAAUUGCACCUAUAAGAGAAAUAUAUAUAAAUAUUCCAGCUGCUUUAUUUGUUGAUGAGGAUCCAGACUACCCAAGAACUAGGAGCAGAGGUAGACACAAAA